UUAUUAUUUGAUUUUUUUUCUUUUUUAAUUUUUAUAAAGAAAGAGCUUAGCUUUUAGACCACUGUUCUUGAAAGAUGAACAAGAAACCCAAGAUUUUGAGCUCCGUAUCAUUAAGUAUGAAUCACAAACGAAAGGGCUCGUCUCUUCGUCGCUUGUUCUCUUUAGUGUUUUUUCUUGCAAUGGUCUUCCUUUUAGGGAAUGCAUUUAUUACAGUAGACUAUAAAGAGGGGAUUGCGGGAUGGAGUUCGAUUUUUAGACUAAAUCUUGCAAAACUGCAGAUGUGCAAGACACAACUCAGGCCUCCUGGUAGCGAGACGUUACCGAGAGGUAUUGUUGCAAGUACAUCAGAUUUGGAAAUGCGACCAUUAUGGGGAGCAAAGCGCAAUAAGAAACCAAAGCCCAACUUAUUAGCUAUGGCAGCCGGAAUAAAACAGAAGGAAAGUGUUAACAAGAUUGUCAAGAAGUUUUCAUCAAGUGAGUUCGUUGUGAUGCUCUUUCAUUAUGAUGGCGCUGUGGAUGAAUGGAAGAAGUUCGAGUGGAGUGAAACUGCUAUUCAUAUAUCUGUAGUAAACCAAACCAAAUGGUGGUUCGCUAAGCGUUUUCUUCACCCGGAUAUUGUCUCAACAUAUUCCUAUAUAUUUCUAUGGGAUGAAGAUCUUGGUGUUGACCAUUUUGAUGCUAGAAGGUAUGUUUCAAUUAUUAAAGAAGAAGGGCUUGAAAUAUCACAGCCUGCUCUUGAUCCCAAUUUCUCUGAAGUGCAUCACCAACUUACCUCCCGGGACAGCAAAUCUAGAGUACAUAGGAGAACAUACAAAGUCAUUGGUCGGGCUAGGUGCGACGAGAAUAGCACUGCACCUCCUUGCACGGGAUUUGUUGAAAUGAUGGCUCCUGUGUUUUCCAGAGCAGCCUGGAGGUGUACAUGGCAUAUGAUUCAGAAUGACUUAAACCACGGAUGGGGUAUAGAUUUUCAGCUUGGAUAUUGCGCGCAGGGUGAUCGAACCAAAAAUAUCGGCAUUGUUGAUUCUGAGUAUAUACUUCAUAUGGGUCUUCCUACAUUAGGAGGUUCAGCUGAAAACAAGACCAAGACUCAGCAUGAUUCAGACAUAUCUAAACCAUCAUCAACAUCAUCUGGUAGAUCUGAGGUUCGGAAGCAGACUUACGCCGAAUUAGAGACUUUUAAACACAGAUGGAGAAAUGCUGUGAAGAAUGAUGAGUGCUGGAUAGACCGAUUCCAACCAUGAGAUAUGGCUUUCUGUAUACACAAUUAUAUACAUAUAGAAGCACAUAAACACCAUGAAGACCCCAAGGAAGGAGAGAUGAUUACCAGACAUAUCAAUGAUGUACUGAAUCUAACCAAAUUACUGAAGGUAUACAUGUAGCUCAAGUUAAAUUCUUUUAUAGGAGGUUACAAAUUUGUACUAUAUCUCACUUUAUAGAGCCUCAAAGUUUAGCACAAAAAUCUUUCUGGUGAGUUAUAUGUACCACUGGAACUACAGAAGGUUUUGAAUAAAGUUGAGCUUUUACAAA